CUACUCAAGAGGAGUCUUAAUAGUAGUAUACCGUGACCUGACAAACAGUAUCUUUGGUGUCGAGACUGGUAUGGACUUGUUGUCCGGGACGUAUAUAUUUGCGGUCCUGUUAGCAUGUGUCGUGUUUCAGUCUGGCGCCCAGGAGAAGAAUUAUACGGUCCAAGAAGAAAUGCCAGAGAACGUCCUGAUAGGCGACUUGUUGAAAGACCUCAACUUGUCUCUCAUUCCGGACAAGUCCUUAACCACUCCUAUGCAGUUCAAACUAGUUUACAAAACCGGAGAUGUGCCAUUGAUUCGGAUUGAAGAGGGUACUGGAGAGAUCUUCACUACUGGCGCUCGCAUUGAUCGUGAGAAAUUAUGUGCUGGAAUUUUGUUGGAUGCCCGUUGCUUUUAUGAAGUGGAGGUUGCCGUUUUGCCAGAUGAAAUAUUUAGAUUGGUUAAGAUACGCUUUCUGAUAGAAGACAUAAAUGAUAAUGCACCGUUAUUCCCUGCCACUGUCAUCAACAUUUCAAUUCCAGAGAACUCUGCUAUAAACUCUCGAUACUCUCUUCCGGCAGCCAUUGAUCCUGACAUCGGAAUAAAUGGAGUCCAAAACUACCAGCUAAUUAAGGGUCAAAAUAUUUUUGAUCUUGAUGUCAUUGAAACACCAGAAGGAGACAAGAUGCCACAGUUGGUUGUUCAAAAGGAAUUAGAUAGAGAAGAGAAAGAUACCUAUGUGAUGAAAGUAAAAGUUGAAGAUGGUGGCCUUCCUCAAAGAUCUAGCACAGCUAUUUUGCAAGUAAGUGUUGCUGACACAAAUGACAACCGACCAAUCUUCAUAGAGAAGGAAAUUGAAGUCAGUAUACCAGAAAAUGCUCCUGUAGGUUCUUCAGUGACACAGCUCCAUGCCACAGAUGCUGACAUAGGUGAAAAUGCCAGAAUCCACUUUUAUUUCAGCAAUCUAGUCUCCAACAUUGCUAAGAGACUGUUUCAUCUUAACACUACCACUGGACUUAUCACUGUGAAAGAACCACUGGAUAGGGAAGAAUCACCAAGCCACAAGUUAUUGGUCUUGGCAACUGAUGGUGGAUCAACACCAGCAAGAGCCGUGGUGCUGGUAAAUGUUACAGAUAUCAAUGAUAAUGUCCCAUCAAUUGAUAUAAGAUACAUCAUCAAUCCAACCAAUGGCACUGUGCUUCUUUCAGAGAAUGCUUUACUUAACACUAAAAUUGCUCUCAUAACUGUGAUGGAUAAGGAUUCUGAACAUAAUGGUAGGGUGACCUGCUUCACAGACCAUGAAGUCCCUUUUAGAUUAAGGCCAGUAUUCAGUAAUCAGUUCCUCUUGGAGACUGCUGCAUUUCUUGACUUUGAGUCCACAAGAGAAUAUGCCAUCAAAUUAUUGGCUGCUGAUUCUGGCAAACCUCCUCUGAAUCAGUCAGCCAUGCUUCUGAUUAAAGUAAAAGAUGAAAAUGACAAUGCUCCAGUUUUCACCCAGUCUUUUAUAAGUCUUUCUGUUCUAGAAAAUAACUCUCCUGGUGCACAGUUGACAAAAAUCAGUGCAACAGAUGCAGAUAGUGGACACAAUGCUGAAAUAAGCUACCUGCUAGGUUUUGAUGCACCGCCUGAAUUCAGCCUGGAUCGUCAUACUGGCAUCCUGACUGCUGUGAGAAAACUAGAUAGAGAAAAACAAGAAAAAUAUUACUUCACAGUGCUGGCACAGGACAAUGGUAUUCCACCCUUAAUGUCUAAUGCUACUGUCUUCGUGACCGUUCUUGACCAGAAUGAUAACAGCCCAAUUUUCACUCACAAUGAGUACAACUUCUAUGUCCCUGAAAACCUUCCAAGACAUGGCACAGUUGGGCUAAUAACUGUGACUGAUCCUGAUUAUGGAGAGAAUUCUGCAGUUACUCUCUCCAUCUUAGAUGUGAAUGAUCAGUUCACUAUUGAUCCACAGACUGGUGUGAUCAAGCCAAAUAUUUCAUUUGACAGAGAAAAACAAGAGUCGUACACUUUCUAUGUAAAGGCUGAGGAUGGUGGUAGGGUAUCACGUUCUUCAACGGCUAAAGUAACGAUAAAUGUGGUUGAUGUCAAUGAUAACAAACCAGUUUUCAUUGACCCUCCUUCCAAUUACUCCUUUGAAUGGGUUUUGCCUUCUACAAAUCCAGGUACAGUUGUCUUCAAGGUUGUUGCCAUUGAUAAUGACACCGGAAUGAAUGCAGAGUUGCGUUAUAGCAUUAUUGGAGGAAACCUAAAAGGACUCUUUAUGAUUGAACAAAUAUCAGGCAACAUCACAUUGAAAGAGAAAUGUGUUGUUUCAGAUCUUGGUUUACACCAAGUGAUAGUCAAAGCUAAGGAUUUAGGACAACCUGAUUCUCUCUUCAGUGUUGUAAAUGUCAACCUGUUUGUGAAUGAGUCAGUGCCCAAUGAUACAAUGGUUUAUGAACUGGUGCGCAAAAGCAUUGACUCGCCUGCAACCCAAAAUACCGAAACAACUAAUGCAACCUUACCAACCUCUGACUAUGUCAAGAUCAUGGUUGCCAUUGUUGCUGGCACCAUAACUGUAGUCCUAGUGAUUUUAAUAACUGCUGUAGUAAGAUGCCGCCAAUCACCACACCUUAAGGCUUCUCAGAAAAACAAACAGAAUUCUGAGUGGGUUACUCCAAACCCAGAAAACAGGCAGAUGAUUAUGAUGAAGAAGAAAAAGAAGAAAAAGAAAAAGCAUGCCCCCAAGAACCUGCUGCUCAAUUUUGUUACUAUUGAAGAAGCAAAGCCAGAUGAUGCUGAAAAUGAUAGAAAUAGUGUCACACUAGACCUUCCCAUUGAGCUGGAAGAGCAAACCGUGGGCAAGUACAACUGGGGCACUACACCUUCUACCUUUAAGCCUGAUAGCCCUGAUUUGGCUAGACACUACAAAUCUGCUUCUCCUCAGCCUGCCUUCCAGAUCCAGCCUGAAACACCCCUGAACUCGAAGCACCACAUCAUUCAGGAACUGCCUCUUGAUAAUACUUUCGUAGGCUGUGAUUCCAUCUCAAAGUGCUCCUCCAGCAGUUCUGAUCCUUAUAGUGUUUCUGAGUGCAGCUAUCCAGUGACAACUUUCAAGACCCCUGUGUGUGUACAUACCCGACAGUCAAUGAAGGAAGUAGUACGAUCUCACACCCCCAUGAAAGAGGCAACAACUGUGGAAAUCUGGACUCAUCCUCACCCACAGCGGAGAUCUGAAGGGAAAAGGGCAGGAAAGUCUCAGCGGCGUGUUACAUUUCACCUUCCAGAAGGCUCUCAGGAAAGCAUCAGUGAUGGUGGAUUGGGAGACCAUGAUUCAGGCAGCCUUCCCAGCCUAUCCCAUGCCCUACCUCUUGGCUAUCCUCAGGAAGAGUACUUUGAUCAUGCUGCACCAAACAACCGCACUGAAGGAGAUGGCAACUCUGAUCCUGAAUCUAUUGCAGAAAUAACAGUGCAGCCAACUGUGGAAGAAGCUUCUGACAACUGCACUCAAGAAUGCCUCAUCUUGGGUCAUUCUGAUUCCUGCUGGAUGCCAGCUUCUCUGACCCAUCCCAUCCCUCAACAGAUACAGACCUCUGCUCUCUGCCACAAUCCACCCAGGACCAACACAUCAGUUCAUCGCUGCAGCCCUCCAGUAACACAGACUGUCGCUAUCUGCCAAAUCCCCCCUGUGACACAGCCUAUUGGACUGUGCCACAGCCCUCCAUCAGUACAGGCAGCUUCUCUCCAUCACAGUCCUCCUUUAGCACAGGCAACUGCACUCUGCCAUAGUCCACCACCAGUAAAGGCUUCUGCGGUCUGCUAUAGCCUGCCUCUAUCACACUCUCUGGUAAUUCACCAUAGUACUCCUCUUUCACAGGCUGCUACACUCCAUAACACUCAGGUCCAACAACCAAUGAGUUUGCAGCAAGGAUGGGUGCAGGGUGCUGGAGCUGAUGGACUGCAUCCCCUCGAUCAGGGAGUACAGGGUAGUACAAGAGCUCAGUUUUAUACCAUGGCUGAAAGACUUCAUCUUGAUGAUGACGCAAUUAAAGUCAUUCCAUUGACCACCUUUACUUCAGGUCAACUGCCCAGAUCCUCAAAGGAUGAUUCUUCCAUCAUGGAAGAACAUCACUUAUAA